AUGACAAGAGCAAAAAAGCGUUUUGGAUGUCGGCAAGGAAAGAAUGGUGCAACGAGGAAUCAAGAAUGCCCUCUGGCUCGAAAAUCUUGCAGAGCUGCACUGUUCGCUUCACCGUGGAGCGAGGGCAAAACGAAGGAAGAAUUCCCAGAUGCUGCGAAGUUGGAGAUGAAAACUCCUAAGACUGAAGAGGCAGAAAACACUGAAGAGGUGGUGAAAGAUAGUCAGGAGAUGUAUGCAUUUCCAAUCACUGAGGUGAAACAAAGCGAUGAUUUCGACUCAAAAAUGGAUAUGAUAUUCUCUCUAUAUGAGCGGUACAGCGGUGAACGAUGUCAGCUUCCGGAGAGAACAAACUGCCCAUUGAGAGACGUUGUCAGUAAAAGUGGUGCGCACAAGUACUAG